AUGGGUUGUGGGGCUGCAGCGGGCAGGAGCAUCCAAGAGACGGGUGGGGAGCAGGUCUCCCACCAGGCACAGAGACUGAAAAAUCCCAAAUGGUCUACUGUUCUUGAUGGCAUCAGAGCCUGUGGGUAUAUGUCUCUGCUGAAGGUGGCACAAACUACCCUGACAGUGGUGGCCCUGCCACUGGGCUUCUCCUGGCACUCCCAGGGUCUCAUGACUCAACUCCUUGUGCCUUGUGAGUGGGAUAGCUGGCUUUGCUCUGGCCUUGCUCUGGCCUUGCUGUGCUGGAUGAGCUAUUUCUUCUGGAGUCUGGUGGGCACCCUCUAUAUGAAUGAGUCUGGCACCAUGCUGCAGGUGGCUCACCUGACCUCCAGCGACUGGCGGCAGAAAACAUACUGUCCCGUGGUUGAUGUGAUGCCCCUGAUGGAAAUCAAGGACUGGCCCCAGCAGCUCUUUAUGCGUAUCCAGCAGUGUGGUGGGAAGCAGACCUUUUUCCUACCCAGUGCUGUGGACACAUCCUGGACAGAGAGGGUUUCACAUAGGUGUUUCGGGUGCUGA